AUGGAUCUCUCAGGCUCUUGGACGUGUGCAACUCUACCAGGUCUUGGACGUGUGCAACCCAAAGAAUACAUCCACGAGCUUCAAUCGGUUCUUCGCAGAAGACAAGGUCUUGGCAGCGAGAGCAGGAAAUACAUAGCAUCCAGGAAAGUAGUAAAGAAGGCAAUAAAAAAGGCCUUGAACAACUUGAAGGGCAUUGAAAACAAGUAUACCUUCUCUAGUGAAGACCCUGAGAUUGCUACCAUGAUUCGCAUAUUAAGAGAGGUUGAGUCCAUCAGUCUCGCCGUGUUCGAAUCAUUGCUGCCAUUCAUUUCUGAAGCGAAGUCACAAGCAAAGAAAAGUGGGUGGUCAUUGUUUUCCAAGUUGAUACAACACCAGAGAAUAGCAUGUGAGGAAGAAGAAACAAAUGUGAAUGAAUUUGCAGUGGCUGAUGCUGCAUUGGAAUCUCUUCUCAGUCGCAAUACAGAUGACAUGAUGAAUGUGCAAAAGAAGCUAAAGCAGCUUGGAGUUGUGCAUUGA